AUGGAUCUUAUUGCAUACAUCUUGACUUCUUCUAAGAGUGUAGGAAUAGUGGUGUCAUUUGGUUCAGAAGUUGGAGUAGAUGGUGUUGUGGUGGAAAUUGGUUCGACUGUGACAUUGGUGGUGGGGUUUGGGUCUCGAACAAAAAAGGCAUUCAGUGUGUCUAUAUCAACUCCUGACAACUCAAAAACCUCUUCACCGCUAGAUACCAGCCUUCACAACUCUCUGUCUGAUGCAGAUGAUGAAACCGGUCCUCUAGAGCAUGGGUUCUCGAUGGAAAUUGCUCCGGUAACUGCAAUGGCAUCGACGCCAGUGAUCAGGGUAGCGGAGAAGAAGAGACCUGCUUGGAAACCCAGGAAGAAGACGCGACCCAGUGACACGCGAGGAAGGGGGAGGAGCUUUCGCCGCCGUCUCCGUCGCGUCUGUCGUCGCCAUUGGUUGAGUUCGUCGCCGUCGUUGUCGCUGGUCUGGAAGGAAGAGAGCGCGCGAGAGAUCAGAGAAGGAAGAGAGGGCGACGGCGCUGUUCAGUGGGGGAGGAAGAACUGCGACGACGAAGGGGUGCAGGAGUCCAUCGCCGUCACUGCCGAGCUGCCGUCGACGUUCCACACCGCCGUUGAAGUCAGCCUCGUCGCCGUCGAACUCGUCAGAAGCUGCUACCGUCGUCGUUUGGGUCUGACCGAAGAAGAGGAGGUGACGGUGGUGGAUGUUGGCGCUGCUGCUUGCGACAACAAGCGGCUUCGUCGCCGCCGAAGCUCUUUGCCUCCGUUCUGCUCGUCAGAAGUCAUCAUUGGAGCUGCUGUUGCUCCAUUUCUUGGUUCUUCUCUAAGUAUUGCUGUUGUUGCUCUGAAAGCGGAAUGGAGCUGUGGUUGCGGCUGCCGCUGUUGCGGGCUGGGAGAAAUAGGGGUUUUGACGCGUUGGUUUUGUGAGUUUGGACGAGUUGAGAUCAGCCCUAUGCUUCUUCCUCGUGAUCCUUCAUGUCAUGUCUCUUUCUCUCAUUGGUCCAUGGCUGCUGGUUCACUUUCUUGGAAUGUAUCAGCCUUGUUCUUCUGUUGCCGCCAAUCAUCUGUCACUGUGGUCGCAAAAGAACAGCGAAUUGGGAUCCGCAAAUUGGUAAUCUUGCAGUGUAAAGGCCUGGAUGGCUAUAGAGACCGUUCUUCUUUUGCAAAAAAAUCUGACAUUGUUUUUCAUGAUAUGAAUGUUGAUGAUUGCCUGCCCAAAAUGUCUACUUUGUCUGCAGAGUUGUUAUACUAUGCAGAGAGUGGCUUCAUUCCUCAAGCGCACACUAUAUGGGAGCAACUUGUUAACAGUUCUUUUGUACCAUCAAUUAAAUUCAUCUCGAAAUUGUUUGAUGGUUAUGAAAAGCACAGGAAUUUCAACGGCGUGCUUGAGAUUCUACAUUAUGUCAGUUGGAGAAAUUUUGGCAUAUUACCUCAUGUUUACUCUUUGGCUAUCUCAUGCUUUGGAAGAGGAGGACAGCUUGAGUUGAUGGAAGAAACCGUAGAGGAAAUGGUUUCGAGGGGUUUCCGUAUCAGUUCCAAGACUGGUAAUGCUUUCCUUUUGUAUUACUGUAUUUUUGGUUCUUUGAAAGAGAUGGAGAAUGCAUAUGCACGCAUUAAGAGAUCUGGAUUUAUGAUAAACGAGGAAGCAAUCAGGGCCAUGGCCUCUGCAUAUAUAAGGGAGAGAAAAUUCUAUCAUUUGGGUGAGUUCCUAAGAGAUGUGGGUCUAGGCAGGAAAAAUGUGGGGAACCUUUUAUGGAAUCUUAUGCUACUUUCUUAUGCUGCCAAUUUUAAAAUGAAAAGCUUGCAGCGAGAAUUUCUUAGAAUGGUGGAAGCUGGGUUCCGGCCCGACAUUACAACCUUUAAUAUUCGUGCUCUGGCCUUUUCAAGGAUGUCUUUGUUCUGGGACCUUCACCUUAGCAUCGAACAUAUGGUAGAUGCAAAAGUGAUCCCUGAUCUGGUGAUAUAUGGCUGUGUAGUUGAUGCAUACUUGGAUAAAAAGCUCGGAAAAAACCUGUACUUUGCUUUAAACAAGUUGAACUUGGAUCAUUCUCCGCAAUUAUUAACUGAUCCACUUGUGUUUGAUGCUUUUGGUAAAGGGGACUUUCAUACGAGUGCAGAAGCAUUUUUGGAGUUCAAGACGCACAGACAGUGGACUUACAGGGUUCUAGUACAAAAAUAUCUUAAAAGAUAUUACCGGAGAGACCAGAUAUUUUGGAACUACUAAUUAAUUGGCAGAUGUUUUAUACUGUACAAUGUCUGGCUAGGAUGUUAGUUAGAAUAACUAGCUGAGUUGCAGGCUUGCAGUUUCGGCAACAAAUCGACUUACUUCUGUGUUUCCGUUAUGACAAGAGCUAAGUCUUACUUGUAAAUAACAUGUAGUUAACUUGAAAUAAGCUUUCACUAAUCAAGGAUUCACUUGAGUCGA